UUUUAGGCGCAGCCUGCGUAGUUUAGCGGUUAAAACUAUUCUCGAUAGGCUUCACGCGCCACGUACACGUUUAAAUGGAAUUAAAUGGGGUUUUGGCUAAUGUUUGAUGUUUUCGAGAAAUGUAACGUUAUGUGUGCGACGAUUCUAAUCCUAAAGACUGGUUCCCGUUUCGGUUUCUUCGUCUUUCUUUAAAAACACGAGAUUGCAGCGUGCCUUGGAAGAUGUCCUGGGAUGAGCUGGAAGCCCUCUGUCGCAGAGAGAGACUCUACUGUAAACAGCUGGGGGUGAACAGAACCAAUUCCAAUGAGUAUGAUGUGGAAUUCCUCUGUGACUACAAGAAGACCAAGGAGGAGGAGUUAUACCUGGUAAAGUGGAGGGGCUUUCCAGAGUGUGAUAACACCUGGGAACCGAAGAAGAACCUUAAAUGCCCCAAACUAAUGAAGCAGUUCCAACGGGACCUGGAACAAGAGCUGAGGCGCCACAAGAGACGCUACAUCCCUAAAAAACUGGAUAAGGAAGUUGCCUCAUACCUUGUCCAAAAAGCAAAACUCCGUCAGAGUUUGCAGCGCUGGGAGGCCCAUUUGAACCAGACACGCAACCACCCAGGUCGCAUUUUUGUCCUAAACGAAGUGGACUUUGAGGGCCCUCCAAAAAACUUCACCUACAUCAACAACUACAAAGUAGGUCAAGGCAUCGUGUUAGAUGAAAUGGCUGUGGGCUGUGAGUGUAAGAACUGUUUAGAGGAGCCGAUAAAUGGCUGUUGCCCUGGGGCCUCCCUGCACCGCAUGGCCUACAAUGACAGAGGGCAGGUCCGGAUCCGGGCAGGACAGCCCAUUUAUGAGUGUAACUCCCAAUGCAGCUGUAGCCUCGAUUGUCCUAACAGGGUGGUGCAGAAAGGCAUCCAGUUUGACCUGUGCAUCUUUAAGACGGAGAACGGCCGGGGUUGGGGUGUCCGCACACUGCAGCAUAUCAAGAAGAACACAUUCAUCAUGGAGUACGUGGGAGAGAUCAUCACAACAGAGGAAGCAGAGAGGAGGGGUCAUGUGUACGACCGCCAGGGGUCUACCUACCUGUUUGACCUGGACUAUGUGGAGGAUGUGUACACAGUGGACGCAGCUCACCAUGGCAACAUCUCCCACUUUGUCAACCACAGUUGUAACCCCAACCUGCAGGUAUAUAAUGUGUUCAUCGACAACAUUGAUGAGAGACUCCCAAGAAUUGCUCUAUUUUCAACACGGGCUAUUCGAGCAGGAGAAGAGCUCACCUUUGACUACAAAAUGCAAAUUGACCCAGUUGAUACAGAAAGCACCAAAAUGGACUCCAGUUUCAGUCUUGCGGGGCUCCCCGGCUCUCCGAAGAAGCGUAUUCGAGUGGAGUGUCGGUGUGGUUCAGACUCGUGUCGAAAAUACUUGUUCUGACAAAGGACCGCUGGGAACACUGACUGCAGUGGAAAGAUGAGGAACGUUCAACAGAUUUGUAUAUGAAUUUA